CAACAAUUGCUGGCUGGCAGGCGAUUUGGUAUCCUCCAGAAAGAACUGAUGAGCCUGCUUAUCUCGCAGCUGCUCGCUUUUCAGUCAGCUUUCCUGUUUGUGCGGGGAUGGUUGGAGGUGCCAGGCUGACGAGGCUAUAAAGUAGAUAAAGUCAGCCAGACUUUUUUGCCCCUGCUGUUUCAGUUGGAAACUCUUGAUGGUUACACUUGAUUAUAAUUUCUGCUCUAAAUUUUAUUUACAGUCAGUUUAUAGUCUCAAAUUGUUGUGCCAGUAUUGUUCUUGAGCAGUUCCCCUCCCUACCCAGCACUUACUCCUUUGAUGUCUGUGGAGAUAGUGAUCGUGUGCCCUCUCAGUCUCUGUCUCUGCCAAGCUAUACAAGGCAAAGUAUCCCGGCUACGUCUUGUAAAACAAACAGUCCAUUCCCUGGAUCAUCUAACCCGUCCUCCUCUGCACUUGAUUACAGCUUAGUUAUCAAGAGAUUGGCUUCAGCAAUGAGUCCUGCUGGCAGCCUGCCGUGACCCUGCAAAAUUUGGAGUGACUAAAGCGUUGAGAACAAGUAGGGCUUGAGAGUGGGGUUAUUAAAAUGCAUGAAACUUCUGACUUGCCUUUUUGCCCUUGUCUUGUUUUGGAGCAACGUUUUCCACUGAAGAUGUUGGAAGGGUCUUUGUGGAUCUCUGGAAAAUAAAAAUGUCCUGCGUUGGUUAUAAAAAGCAUGUGGUUUUUGUUGGGAUUUGCCAGCACACUUGAUGCUUCAGCAUCUUUUAUAUGGAGACUGGAAGAUUUCUGACAACCCCAGGAACAGCGUUUGAGAUGUCCGCACUCGAGAAGAUUGAGGAGCAGCUCACUCGUCUGCGCAUAGCGAAACGUUCCGUGCUGAGGGAGGAACCCGCCUACUUACUGGACAUAGACGUUUCUCGCUCUGCCCCAUCUGACGGCAGUCGCUGCGUGGCAGUUUCAUGUUCCAAUCAGUCCAUUAGGCUGUACAACAGAGAAACAUUAAGCUUCCUGCGGGAGUACAGUAGCCGUCCUGGGAUGCUUAAUGGAGUCAGAUUUGCGCACACGUGUGACAGCCUGGUGUUUUCUGCCUGCAGCGAUGGCACAGUAAAAUGUUGGGAUAUCCGUUUAGCGAGUCAGAAGGCUGUGCAGAUAUUCAGCGGCUAUCCUUCCAACGUCUUCAUCAGUUUUGGUAUCAAUUGCAGUGAUCUCAUAAUUUGUGCUGGAACAGAAAAGGUUGAAAAGGAUACGUUCCUGGUGUUUUGGGAUGCAAGGGGCAACACAGACUGUGCUGGCACAACUAAAGAACCCUUGGGAGUCUAUUCUGAAAGUCACAAUGAUGAUGUCACCAAAAUUUGUUUUCAUCCCGUCAAAGCCAGUUGGGUAGUUUCCGGGUCAACUGAUGGGUUGGUUAAUGUGUUUGACAUCAACAAGGACAACGAAGAUGAUGCUUUGAUAUCAACUUGCAAUUCAGAUUCAUCGAUAAGUUUUAUUGGCUGGUCUGGGAAGGGUUAUGAACAGAUCUACUGCAUGACACACGACGAGGGAUUUUGUUGGUGGGACCUUGCUCAGUUAGAUACUGAAGAGCCCAUAACUCUGCUGCGUGUUCUGGACGUCAGAGACGCGGUCUGUAUUGAGAGCGACAGCUUAAAUUACCUGGUAGGUGGUGUGUACCACGAAAAGGCAGACAAACUCUUUCUUAUUGGAGGAACAUCAACAGGAAAAAUUCACCUGCUGAGCUGCGGCGCUGAUGGGCUGAGCCUGGUGGGCACCCUUGGUGGAGGACACUCUGCCACCGUUCGCUCUUUCUGCUGGAACCUGGCAGACGAGUCGCUGCUGACGGGCGGAGAGGAUGCUCAGCUGCUGCUCUGGAGGCCCGGAGCUGUGGAAAGGUCCCUCGCAAAGAAAGAGACUAUGAAGAUUGCUUCCUCUGUGCAGAAGAGAGUCAGAGUUCACAACAGCUCCCUCAAGAGCAGGAAAAAGUGAAAUUCUGACAAUGGGAGCCAGCUCCGUGGAGUUCUUCCGUUUGUUUAGUCUUCUGGGCAAUACGUGGCCGUUGUUUUAUUCGGAGGUGCUCUUUGGAAAGAACUACGAUGCUUGAAUUCUGCUUGGGAAUGAACAUCAGUCAUGAGAUGAAUGCCUUUUAUUUAAAAAAAAAAGUUGCUAAUAUUAAUCUGAAAAGAGUAAACGUUUGCUCUUUAGUUCUUGAACAAUAGAUCUUAAAUCAUUUUAUAUACAAAGGUUUUUUUAUGGUUGUUUAAUGUCUCAGCCCACAUAUUUAGUGCAUAAUACAGGCCUGUGGCUUGCAUAAUUUGUUACUUUCCCAGUGAAGUUCCCUGGCAUGUUUUUAAAAGCUCUUUUAUCUCAAGCUGUGUUUUUCUUUCUUUACAGAGAACUAAAUGAAAUUGCUCAAUAUAUUAAAAGAUUUUAUGUCACUUC